AUGAGGAAUCCAGCACCAAUCCACACGCUUCUACGCACAAUUGCGCUGUCUAGCAUCUUGACUGGUGCACUUGGCUAUUACUACGAUACCUCCUACGUCAACCGGCUCGAUACAACCAAAACCAAUGCCGGGCCACUUACGACCGUCUUCACACCUCCGGCAUCAUGCGCCACUCCACACACAGAACUAUUAUAUGGAAGACCAGAUCUAAUCCAGGGAUGCGCGGGUCCAUACGGUGAUGAGUGCUGCCCUGAAGGAUGGCGGUAUAACAUGUACUUUAGUCCCGGACAGUGUCCAUUGGGAUAUAAGACGUGCACAUUACCCACAACCACACAACGAGACGAGACAACCGUCAUCUGCUGUCCAAGCGGCUUCGACUGCAACGGAAAAGACUACUGCGGCAAGACAUUCAACAGCGCACCCACAAUCACAUACACAGACGCUACUCUCUCCGUCGUAACGACAGUAAGAGCGAUAACCGCCACAGCAAUCCAAAUACGUUUCAAAGCAUCCGAGUCCACCGUCGUGCCCAUUGUGACGGACUCCCUCAAUCUGCCGCGCGAUCACUCAAUGAGCAAGAACACGAAGAUCGGAAUCGGGAUUGGUGUGCCUGUUGCCGUGGCGCUGUUGGGGUUCUUGGGGUUCUUUGGAAUGGGGUAUUAUCGUCGGAUGAAGGAGGCGAGGGCGAAUGGGGUUAGUUCGGAGGAGGAGCCGUCGUUGGGAGGGCAUGAGCCGCCGCCUGCUUACUCGAGGACGAAGAGGUAG